CUUCAGACGUCACUGGUCACGUGACUUUUGCCAAACGAAGCAAGCCUCGACACAGUGCUUCUGAACCAGUGUGUUGUUUUUUUCGAUAUACGCUCCGGAGCGUCAGCUUCACGCGGGCCAUCACUAUCUAAAGCUGAUCAGCAGGAGGAGAAGAGUCUGACGGAGCAGCAGAGGAACAUUUUCAGCUACUUGGACUCAGCUCAGCCACUACAGAGAAAACAAUGAGCUCAACAAAGAAGGACCAACAUGAAGCGAGAAGUCAGAGCUCUCAGGAGGCCGACAAACCUCACAGAAGAAAGAGAGAGAAAACAUACACCUGUGACGAGUGUGGGAAGGGUUUUACUGGGAAGUAUAAACUAAAACAACACCAACUCAUCCACAGUGGAGUUAAAGCGUACAGCUGUGAUCAGUGUGGCAGAGCUUUUACUCAAAGUGUUAGCUUACAGAGUCAUCUAGUUACCCACUCUGGAAUUAAGGCAUACAGCUGUGACGAGUGUGGGAAGGAUUUUACUGCAAAGGCUGAAUUAAAACGUCAUCAGUUUAUCCACACUGGAGAGAGACCGUUCAGCUGUGACUUGUGUGGAAAGUCUUUUUCCUGGAAGCGUUCCCUAAAACAACACCAACUCAUCCACAGUGGAGUUAAAGCAUACAGCUGUGAUCAGUGUGGCAGAGCUUUUACUCAAAGUAGCCACUUACAGAGGCAUCUAGUUACCCACUCUGGAAUUAAGGCAUACAGCUGUGACAUCUGUGGAAAAACUUUCAGCCGGAGAUGGUACCGAAAUACACACCUACGCAUUCACACCGUACAUGAUGUGUACUGCUGUGAACAGUGUGGCAAAUACUUUGCUAUAGACGCACAGUUACAACAACACAUGUUUACCCACACUGAGGGACGACCUUAUAAAUGUGACCUGUGUGAGAAGACUUUUAAAUCUCCACAUUACCUGAGACGACACCAACAGAUCCACACCAGAAAGAGACUCUACAAGUGCAGUUACUGUGAGCAGAGCGACACAGAUGGAUCCAGUUCUCAACCCUGUCAUCACUGUGGUGGUGGGAAAGACUUUCGUUGUGACCUCUGUGGAAAAACUUUCAGUCGAAAAGACACCCUAAAAUUACAUCAACGUAGACACACUGGAGACAAACUGAAAUACUGCAAAGAAUGUGGGAGAAGCUUCACCACAUCAGGUGCGUUAAAACGCCAUGAACUGAUUCACAGUGGGGUUAAAAAGCACCUCUGUGAUCAGUGUGGGUCAUCCUUCACCACUGCAGUUGAGCUUAAAUCACACAAACGAGUCCACACAGGAGAGAAACCAUACAAGUGCAGACACUGUGACAGAAACUUCUCACGUUCAGGUCAUCGUAUCUAUCAUGAACGUACACACAUGGAAGGAAACUACAGCUGUGACCAGUGUGACAAGAGCUUCAGGAAUCUCUGUUCAUACUCCAAACACAAACGAUCCCACGUUACUAAUAAACUCUUUCACUGUUACCAAUGUGCCCAAACAUUCACCUCAUUAUCUGCUCUGUGCAAACAUCAGCGUGAUCACUCAGGGCUGAAAUCACUCCCAUCACUGGAUCACAGUGAAUCUGAAGAGACAGAAAGAUCCUCUGGUUUCAGUGUCAGACUCAAAAAGCUUGAGAUCAGGCUCCACAGAGUUCAGAUAGAAUCAUUUAAACUUGUGUUGAACUGAACUGGCUGCUGGGCUGAACUUCUACAUAAUACAGAUUUACAUGGGAUCUUAUUUUCUGUCGUUUUACUGAGUCAGUUUUGUCCUUUUUUCUCUGUCCUGGUUUUGCUCGUCUGUAAAUAAUUGAAACUCAGUCAAAUAGUUCAUUGUUCUCCAGCAAAACGUUUUGGAAACUCAUGUUUAACCUUUAAAACUCUGACAUGUUUUAGCACACAAGGCUUCAUCGGGGAGUUCACUCAUGAUUGGACCAUGAGAAUAAAGGUUUUUAGUUCUUUCAAAGAGAGUCUUGGAGGUGUUUGAUGUUUUUGUUUUUCUGAAACCACCUGAAAGAGAAACUAUUUUUCUUGCUUUAUGUAGUGUGGAAGUUUUUAAUGUUUCUUUCAUCUGUGAUGUUCUUGAAUGUGUUCACAUGAAGAUGGUACAAAUAAACUGUCCUUUUAGCUUUA